AACGAGGCAUCCGGGUCCCGGAAUUGGCGAGGCGCGUCCGCCCGGGCAGGUAGUGCGCAUGCGCCGGGAGUCGCCGAGCGGUUGGCGAUCGCGGCGGAGGUGUGAAUGGGAUCUUGCUCCAGAGAAAAUCGAUUAACGAACUAGAGUCGGCGGCGUCCACCUUUCAAGCUGCGGCCAGGAGCCGCCGGAUUUGGGUGUCGGCGUUUUCCGUCGAGUUCGGCUUGAUUUUUGAAAGUGGUGGUUAGUUUCUGGGGAAACGGAAGCGUGUUCGCCUCGGUGGCAGGGCGGUGCGGAGAAGCUGCUGCGGCUCAGAGGGAGGAGAGAGGGGGGCGACUGAAGCCUGGAGAAUGGGGUGUACGCUCAGCACCGAGGACAAAGAUGCGGUGGAGAGGUCCAAGAUGAUCGACAGAAACCUGCGGGAGGACGGGGAGAAGGCGGCGAGGGAAGUCAAACUGCUGCUUUUGGGUGCUGGUGAAUCUGGCAAAAGCACCAUUGUUAAACAGAUGAAGAUUAUACAUGAGGCAGGUUAUUCAGAAGAAGAAUGUAAACAAUAUAAAGCUGUUGUCUACAGCAAUACCAUUCAGUCCAUUAUUGCCAUUAUUCGAGCAAUGGGAAGAUUGAAGAUAGACUUUGGUGAUUCUGCAAGAGCAGAUGAUGCUCGCCAGUUGUUUGUCUUGGCUGGUGCUGCAGAAGAAGGUUUUAUGACGGUGGAACUUGCAGGAGUAAUCAAAAGACUCUGGAAGGAUAGUGGUGUUCAGGCAUGCUUUAGUAGGUCCAGAGAAUAUCAACUGAAUGACUCUGCUGCAUAUUAUCUGAAUGACUUGGAUAGGGUUGCACAAGCAAGUUACAUUCCAACUCAGCAAGAUGUUCUGAGGACCAGAGUUAAAACAACAGGCAUUGUGGAGACCCAUUUUACAUUUAAGGACCUGCACUUUAAAAUGUUUGAUGUGGGAGGCCAGAGGUCUGAACGCAAAAAGUGGAUCCACUGCUUUGAAGGAGUAACUGCCAUUAUAUUUUGUGUGGCCCUCAGUGAUUAUGAUCUUGUUCUUGCAGAAGAUGAGGAGAUGAAUCGAAUGCAUGAGAGCAUGAAGCUAUUUGAUAGCAUCUGUAACAACAAAUGGUUUACAGACACGUCCAUCAUUCUGUUCUUGAACAAGAAAGAUCUAUUUGAAGAGAAGAUAAAGAGAAGCCCUCUUACAAUUUGCUUUCCUGAAUAUGCAGGAUCAAACACGUAUGAAGAGGCUGCAGCUUAUAUACAAUGUCAAUUUGAAGAUCUGAACAAACGAAAAGACACUAAGGAAAUCUACACCCACUUUACAUGUGCCACAGACACCAAAAAUGUGCAGUUUGUGUUUGAUGCAGUCACUGAUGUCAUUAUAAAGAAUAACUUAAAGGACUGUGGUCUAUUUUAAAGCUGUUGAAGGGAUUGAUUGAAAAUAAAUAUUCAGUUGAACCUGUCUGCUUCUGGAUUAAAGUAAGGGAAGAUGUGCUGAUUGGAGGACCAGUACUGUACAAUUUGCCAGUUGUAACAGCUUUAUUUAUGUUUGUCUUGUAUAUUUUCUAAGUAAUUAGAGUAGUGUACUUUGAACAGUUUGUGUCCAAUUUGUUUGUAUGCCUGUAACUGUAGCAUUGUUAAUUGUAAGACAUUUUACAAGUUUUUCCUAAGACAUCCUAAUCUUAGAAUUACGUCUCUAAGAGGAGGAACAUUUGUACUUUAGCUUACCCAAGAAGAUAAGCACAUUUCCUUUUCUAGCUUUUGUUAAUUCUGCAUGCUUUGUUAAUUGUGCAAGAUACUUUGCUUGGCAGAAUGUAGCAUGAAUACAUUAAGCUAACAGGUUUCUUGUGAUCAUCACCUUUUAUUUGCUUUCACAUAAUGAUUGGGAGUGCACUGCUGUGAUCCGCUCCAUCUAAGAAGGGUUUUUAAUCAGUUCACUACUGCUUACAGCAGAAUACUAACCAUCAUUAUUCUACAUUGCCUUAAAGGUAAUGCCAAAAUUUUAUACACUUUUAACUGAAACAAACUGAAAAGCAUUUUUGUAUGCGAAACUUAACAUUUGUACGUGUAUCCUUUGGAAAGAUUCAUUGAACAUUUGGGAGAGUAGAAAGAUCAAACACAUCACUUAAUAAAAUUGCAGUGACUCGGGCAGUGUCAAUAAAAUUUUAAGAGUAUAUGCUUCACCCAAAAAAGUCUGUUCCACUUAGAGAAAGGGUGACCUUUUACAACAUAGAAACUUGUAAUAAAUCGGGGAAUUCUGGUUAAUAAUACCGGAAGUAAAGGUACUUUUGAGUUUACAUUUACAAAAGUACAUUUUUUUAAGCUGUUUCUCUGACCAUACAUUUGAGGUAAAGUUGGAAGUCUGUUUCAAAUGCUUUCUGCUGUACAGGGUACCAGCUUCACUAUUUGUCUACUGCACUGUAAUUUUUCAUCAGUGUAAUUUUUUUCUUUACCCUUAUGCAGAUGAUGAAUUUUUUUUAGUUAAGUGCUUAACUUAAGAUUUCUGUCUUGAAUCUGUCCUGGGGCUAUGUAAAAUGUAUUCAUGAAAUCUUGGUAAAAGCUGUCACUUAGAAAAUCUUGUAGAUACUUUACAUUUUUUUAGUUUUUAGAUGUUUUUGUUUAAACUAAUGCCACCUGUGCAUAUGUUUGACCAAUCUUAGCAUUUAAUUCUAACUUAAGUUGGGUCAGAUACAGUUAUGUCAAGCAAAAUAAGUAUAAAGUGCAUGCAUUCUUUUACUGUAAUGCAGGAAUGCAGUCAUUAUCAAUUUAAUUUUGUACUGUUAAAACUGUUGCCUACAUCCUAAAGAAUGUGCAGACUAAAAGCAGGUAUCUAAAUUUGUCACCUUUUGGAGCUAUUUUGUGCAUUUGAGUGAUGUAGGCUAAGAUUGUGGUUAAAUGUACUAACUGUACAGAUGAAUUUAUGUAAAAUUUAUUUUCGGUUUGACCUACAGAUCAAUGUGAAAGAAAAUUUGCUAAUGUCACUGAUUUUUAAAUGUAACAAAAAAGCAUUUAUAAAGUAACUGAAACAUUAAUCCUCCUGCUAGGUCAACAAACAUAUGCUAUGUUAUCCUUGUUGAUUUUCUUUAAAGUAUAUCCUCUUCAUCUGUAAGAGGCAAUUAGGACUUGGAUAGCUGCAGUCAAUAAAGAAUUAUUUACAAUUAGUCCAAAUACUUUGUGCCUUGCUGGUGAACAACUUUUCUAUCAACCAAAUCUUAUUCAUGAAGCAUUUUCUGAUAAGUGCAGCUAGAUCCACAAUCUGUUGAUCACACUGAAUACAGAAAUAAGUGGAAUUUAAUUGUGGAACCAUCUUGCACUGUUCCUGGGAAAAAUGUAAGAUUUGGCAAGACAAAUAGAAACUACUGACUCAUAUCGGUGAUCAUUACUACUGCUUUUUUGAACUUGGUCUGUACCAUUAUGGAUGUCAGUAAGUGAGCUUAAAUAAAAUUUGAGUUCUGGAA